UUAAAGGUGAAGAGAAUAGAUUUGGGAUUUUUUUUUUUUUGGUGUUGAUUGUUGCUCAGUGAGGGUUAGCGAAGUUCUUGCUCGAUCUGGUUUAUCAUGGCUUCAGUGGGAUCAUCCUAUUGGUGCUACAGAUGCAAUCAGUCUGUUAGGGUUCGAAUUGGGGCUGAAGAAACCUUGCUUUGCCCUGAUUGUGGGUCUGGCUUUAUAGAAGAAUUCAGGACUCGUACUCACUCUCCUUUCCAUCGAUUCCCGUCGCCAUCAGUGUACGUCGACGACGAGUCUAGCUCCGAGCAAGGAGCUAGCCCUAGAAUCCGCCGUGGCCCGAGGAACGCAGGCGAUCGAUCCCCUUUUAACCCAGUUAUUGUCCUCAGUGGACCCGCCGAUGGCGGUGGCGGUGGAAAUGAAGGGGUUGGUAUUGAAAGAGGGAACUUUGAGCUUUAUUACAAUGAAGGUACAGGUUCGGGUCUUCGGCCACUUCCUGCAAGCGUCACUGAGUUCUUAAUGGGUGCUGGAUUUGACCACCUUCUUGACCAGUUGACUCAUUUAGAAGUCACGGGAAUCGGACGUUUACAUCAAACUCCAGCAUCAAAAUCUGCAAUUGAAUCGAUGCCCAUAGUCAAGAUUGUUGCCACACAUGUUUCGGCGGAAUCACAUUGUGCAGUUUGUAAGGAACCCUUCGAGCUUGACUCGGAUGCUCGUGAAAUGCCUUGUAAGCACAUUUACCAUUCCGAUUGUAUCCUUCCAUGGCUUUCAAUUCGUAAUUCAUGUCCAGUUUGUCGCCAUGAGUUACCUACUGAGAUGCGUGGGAGUAGUAGUGGCAGAAACUCUCCCGUAUCUGACGGUGGAAGGGAUGAUCAUACUGUGGGAUUAACUAUAUGGAGACUACCUGGUGGCGGUUUUGCUGUAGGAAGGUUCACGGGUGGAAGAAGAGCUGCCGAACGUGAACUUCCUGUUGUAUAUACAGAAAUGGAUGGUGGAUUCAAUAGUGUGGGUGUUCCACGGAGGAUAUCUUGGGAAGCGAGUGUGAGGAGAUCAAGGGAGACUCGGGGAUUAGGUAGUGCUUUCCGGAACUUCUUCUCACACUUCGGGUGGCUUAGGACUUCCUUCUCUCGUUCUUCCAGAACUGAUUCAAAUGUGAGCCGAAGAACUCGAUCUAAUACAAUAUUAUCUAGAUUCUCAAGAAGGCGCAACUAGGCCUGGUCUAUGGAUAAUACAUAUGGUCAAACUUCAUAUUCUGUUUUCUUCUUCUUUCCCCUCAGAAAUAUAAUUAAAUUUUUAUUUUAUAUUGUAUCAUUUGUGACCAUAACUCCAUAGUUUCCUCUGUUCAGUGAGGAGGUAACUUCAAAUUGUAUGACUCACAAUGAAUUGAGGAUGCGCCUUUAAAUUUUAUGACUCAUAUAUGAUAAACAGCUCUGGAGUCUGGAGUUACUGCAUUAAAAUGGGGGAAGGAUAGAAUUUUGGAAUUUGUACGUGGUAAGAUUUUGUUAGAAUGGAUGAAGUUGUGCAGUUAAGGUGGGCCUUAGAAUUAUGGAAUUUGAAGUGCUAGUGAAGUUUAAGGGGAGCCUAAGUUGCUGAAGUAAGGCACCACAAGGGACCCUUGUUUGUUGAUGAUCAGGGUGGGUGCCUUCAGCCAGUUGCAUGCCUUUGCCAAAUUUGGCUGCCUUGCCGCCUUUAUUUCGGAAUCAUUAUGGAUCACGUUGCAUCCACAGUGACAUCUUAGUUUUUGCAUUUCGUGUGAUCAUUUUUCAGAUAAUACAAUUGAAGGUGCUGAAAUUCAAGUUCUGAAUUUAUUUUAAGCUGAUCCCCCCCAUUGCUGCUAA